AUGUCCCAAACAAACCACAGCUGCAACUCCCAGUUGCUUCCAGUCCUGGUGGAUCUGGAUGCUUUGAGUGAAGCUCUUCCUAGGGACAAUGUGGGCUUCAAUGUCAGGAAUGUGUCUGUCAAAGAUGUUCAUUGUGGCAGCGUGGCUGGUGACAGCAAAAAUGACCAACCAAUGGAAGCAGCUGGCUUCACAGCUCAGGUGAUUAUCCUGAACCACCCAGGCCAGAUCAGUGCUGGAUAUGCACCUGUGAUGGAUUGUCACACAGCUCACAUUGCUUGCAAAUUUGCUGAGCUGAAGGAGAAGAUUGAUUGCCGUUCUGGGAAAAAGCUGGAAGAUGGCCCCAAGUUUUUGAAAUCUGGUGAUGCUGCCAUCGUCGAUAUGGUUCCUGGCAAGCCCAUGUGUGUUGAGAGCUUCUCUGACUACCCUACUCUGGGCUGUUUCACUGUUUGUGACAUGAGACAGACAGUUGCUGUGGGUGUCAUCAGAGCAGUGGACAAGAAGGCAACUGGAGCUGACAAAGUCACCAAGUCUGCCCAGGAAGCUCAGAAGGCUAAAUGCAACACCUGCCACCCCAGUCUCAAUCCGUGGUGGAAGAACAGUCUCAGAACUGUUUGUCUCAAUUGGCCAUUUAAGUUUAAUAGUAAAAGACUGAUUAAUGAUUACAAUGCAUCAUAAAACCUUCAGAAGGAAAGGAGAAUGUUUUGUGGACCAUUUGGUUCUUUUGUGUGUGUGGCAAUUUUUAAGUUAUUAGUUUUUUAAAAUCAGUACUUUUUAAUGGAAACAACAUGACCAAAAAUCUGUCACAGAAUUUUAAGAGCCAUUAAAAUAACG